UCCUUCACUUCGCUCUGAAGUAUCUUUGCAGUUCGCACCAUCGCGCCGCUUGAAAAACUCCAUUUUUCUUCUGACUCUUCUCUCUUCUCCCACUUUGCCUGCCCAAUGGGUAAGACCUAUUUUGCCAUUACUUUUCAGAUCUUGCUAGCGUUUGCCCUCUUACUAUCCACCGACGGCGACGAUGGCGGAUCAGUCCAAGAUCUACUCCGCGCCUACGGCCUCCCGCCGGGGCUUCUUCCCUCUGCGGUGAAUUCCUACGACCUGGAUAGGGAAACAGGACUCCUGGAAGUUCAUCUAGACAGUCCCUGCUUCGCGAAGUACGACGGAUUGGUGUUUUUUAAUCAGACAGUGAGGGGAAAUCUGAGUCACGGUAGCUUGAAAGGACUGGUGGGGUUUUCACAGGAGGAGCUAUUCAUUUGGUUGCCCGUGAAAGAGGUUUUGUUGGCUGAUCCUUCUUCAGGUGUUAUCUUUUUUGAUAUCGGUGUUGCUCAUAAGCAAUUAUCGCUCUCGCUUUUCGAGAAUCCGCCUGAUUGCACCGCAGGAGGGGAAUAUCAACGACAAUUGGCUGUCCAGAUGAUCAGAGGAGGGCCUGGAGAAGCUAUUGGAUCUCAGGAGCAAAAAUGAAGUAUGAAAAGACUUCAACCAUCCUUUCUUUCCCAGAAUUCGUCUCUUAAAUACUGGUAUUCCCUUCCCACACUCCUGAAAACCACUUGUAAAGGGAGUUCUUAUAUGUGUAUAUACAUAGCGUUGAUACUAGUUUGGGUCAUUUUCUACUCUGUACAUUGCGCAUGUAUAUGACAUUUCAUCAUAUUUCAGCAAUAUAUAUUACUGUAUAUAUGAGAAUAUCUUAAGCAG